UCCUACCAGCACAUUCACAGAGCUGUACAGCAACAGUUUUCUUCUGGCAGGAUAUGGCGAGGACACUGACUUAACUAGUACUCAACUCUUUUUGGACCAUAUAUUCAAAAGCUGAAGGGAACUAUUACAAUCUUUUUUGGGAAUUUUAAUAUCUUACUGACUUUUGUUAGAACUUUUUGGCUUUGAUGGUAUGGAGUCAGUAAGUAUAGCUUAGAGAUAAAGAGUGGGGUUCUUUUUGUAUAAUAGAAGGAAAUGCCUACUGUUAGUAGGUAUAUGAGUUUUCGUUCAUCAAAGCGAUUUAAAGUUACCAGCAGCUACCCAGUAGAAAGCACUGGUGGCGGGCUGCCAGCCAAAUUGAAGAAAAGCAAGAGCAGCUCCAGCAAUGGCAGCAUCAAGAAGGCGGAGAGCAGGAAAGCUUUGAGCCUAGAGGCUGCAGAGCUCGAGGUCCAGCAGCAACACAAAACCCUCACCAGACAGGAAGCCAUCAGGUCGCAGACUUUCGAUGUUGACAGCAGAGCGUUUGAGAGGACGGAGGGCACUGGUUCGCAAAGUAGUUUUAUGAAGCACAACAAGACAUUCCACAAAUUGUUUCCAGACAUUCCUAACGGCGAAGACUUGAUACACGCAUACAUCUGUGCCCUGCAGAAGGAAGUGCCCUACCACGGUAGACUGUACGUCACUGACACCAACGCCUGUUUCUACUCCUCAGUUCUGCUCCGGGACACCAAGGUGGUUAUUCCAGUUUCCUGUAUCCACAUAGUGAAAAAGCAGAACACAGCUUUACUGGUACCCAACGCGUUGUCCAUUCGCACGACAGACGGAGAAAAGUACCUGUUUGUGUCCCUGCGGAACAGAGAGUCAUGUUAUCAGCUGCUGCGCUCAGUGUCUCCGCAGAUAGAGGAUGGUAGCACCAAUAGUAGCCCCAUCUUUUCCUCAGCGGAGAACAGCUUCGAUAAGAGCAAACUGGUGCAGAACUCCAGCCAGUCGAGUCUGGACGACAGCUUCGACCAAUUCGAUGGUUCUGAGUCUCAAUCUUUACGGGAGCAGAUUCUGCACGUACCACACAGAGAAGCAGUGCCUAAUGGCCAUGUCCCGCCUUUCAGGAGCCUUCACAUGCAGCAGAGUGACAGCUCAUCCUCAGAAGAACUGUCCGUUUCAGGUGGAUCGUGGGUUUGGAGCGUGACGGAAAAGGCCAAGUCCCUGCUGGUUCAGAGAGAGGCCAGCACCCUCAACACUCUACUCUUUAUAUACUUGAUCUUGGUUGUGCUGCUGCUCUUGUCUUCUGGAUACAUUGGUUUACGUAUCGUGGCCCUGGAGGAACAGCUGACGUCCCUAGGGGCCCUGCCUGAGUUCACCUUACAAAGCGGGUACCAAGACACAUAACCCUCAGUGACUGAAGGAGAGAUCUGUCCACUGAGGACUGGAGAAUUUUUUUCGACCUCAAAGAUUCAAUGUACUUUAAGACUGUGCUCCUAACAUGGCCUGUGCUGUUGGCGAGAGGAAAAAUGGCCGAUCUGUGCAAUAUCAGAACAACUCGUUAACUUGAAGGGCUACACUUCCUCAUAUUGCAGUUGACACAUGGACAUACCGCGACUAAGUCACACGGAGCCGAGCCAAAAUGAAAACACACACUGCCUGGUUGCAGCGUGUCUGUCGUUGAAACCAAAGCCAAGCGGCUCUCAGCAAUGUGCCACGCCAAGUUAUGUUCUCCAUCGUCCUUCCGACCGUCUACCUGAGCAUGCAGUCUGAACAGGGCUACACCAAUCAGCAAUAGCCUGCUUUGGUGCUUAUAAUGCACCUCCACACCUGAGACGUAGUGCUAUGCAUAACCAAAGAUGCACACGUCUUUUUGCAUGUGUGCACGGAGAUGAUUUUGAUAUUUCGCUUAUUUACACUUUCAUGUGGAAUAAUCAGAUCUGUCUCUGCUGGGUUAUACCUCUCUGAAUGGUUCUUAUCUUAUCAGCUGUGGGUUAAAAUGGUGAUGGCUGAAGCCUCAAUCAGAUCAGCCCAUGGAGGCGUGAAACUCUCCUGAUGGGCGUGUCCUUUCUCUCCUCCUCCAAUCGGCAAUGAUUGCAGUAUUACUUUCCUGUUCUUUGGCAUGAUUUAAAGCAGUUUAAUAAUCAAUGCUCAGAGUUCAUUUUCCCCUGCAGUCCCAGCUGUGGAUGAAUGCAUCAUCAAUGCACACAUAUUUAAAACGAAAGGACACGCAGAGGUUGUCUCAGAGGCAACGAUGUGUUUUUGUGUACGACUUUUUUACGACCUUCGUCUUUAAGAGUACAUUUCAAAUGUGUCUUGUUUAUCCAUGGCAGGCCUCUUGAACACCCAAGUGGCGUUUUAUAGAAUUUUCAGGUUGAUUAAAGUAGCACCAAUAAUGUAUUUUUAAUGCUUAUGCAUGUGUCUGCAAUAUCGACACUUGACUGAUACUGUAUAUGCGUUCUCCUUCUUGUCAACGGAAGAGGAGAUUUGCAACCACACUCCAAGGUCCGAGUUUUCAGCAGUGGUCCCAGGAAGAAAUUUCAAUAUGCAACAAAUUAUUAUGCAUGGCAAAAAUGUAAUUUAUCUUUUGUGUGGCGUUUUUAAAUGGAGCUUGAUGUUUGUGGGGAAGAAAUUGUGUAGGACAAAGAAAUCAAAAAAAGAUUUGAGUGAAAGAAACUGCUCAAUCAUGUGAGCGCACUUUAAAAAAAAAUGUGUUGUGCCUGUCACAAUCAGAGACUUCGUAUCUUGGGUUGAGAAGAAAUGGCAAAGCUGGCGUUCUGGUACCUGACGGUGCCCCAAUUGUUUUCACUCAGGGGUGGUGGGCACUACCUGCCUCAUGGUUUUAGGUCGUUGUCUUGUCUUUCUGUCAUUUCAAUGUCUAGUGGUUGUGACGGGGUUCACAUUUUUGUACAUCUUGGCUUGGGUGUUUUCUCAUCAAAUGUCCCAUUGAGAAAGAAUACUUGACUUUACUUAUUGAGUGAUGCAACUUAUUCUCAGAUUGCCGCCCCCCCCCAAAUGAACUUUUAAAACGAAACCUUGCAAUGCAUAUCCACCCACCAUCUCAAUGGUUUAACACCACUGUUGUAGUGGAAGCUGUUGUUGCCCAGGUGUAAUGAUUUGUUUACUACAUCCUUUUUAAAGAGUCACACUCCAUGUUCAGCAACAUGUGAUAAACAGUUCUGUAAUUUCUUAUAUCCCCCACUUGGGGGCAGCACACACAUCCACUGUCCUUGAAUGGACUCGAUGCAAGAAUCCCAAUGAUGAGGGCAGUAUUUGUGUGGUUUUGCACUAUUCAAAGUGUUGUAAAUAAUUUUGUAUCAAAUGUUAAUGUCCUUAAUUCUUCUAUGGUCCUCUAUAUUUAUUUGCAUUCUGUGUAAUUCAAGGUAGUCUCUGUGAGAUGGCUUUGCUAUUGUUCAAAAUAAAUCAAAUGUUGCGAAGUAAA